AACAUUCCGGAACGUUUACUUGGCAAAAUUUUGUAAGAGGCUGCCAAUCCUAACUGAACAUCAAAUAUGAGUACAACAUGUCGGAGAAAAACUUAGCCGCGAGCGUCAUAAACUACGAGUAGUCCCUCUUCCGCUUAACCCUUCGUGCGUGACGCGAGAGAAAACCUGGAGGAAAAAAAAUGGCCACUCGAAAUCCUGAUGGUGAGAAGCGCUCAAAAGGAUGGACGACCAACAAGGCGAGAUGGUUUGGAAAAACAUCAAAAAAUGCAAGAACGCAAAAAUAUGAUUGGUGUAUGCUAGGCCAACGUAUUGGCGACGUCUUGCUGGAAUGUUUAUAUCGCUUUCCGAAAAUAGAAAGCUUCGAAAACGGAAGAAUCGAAGCGUUGGAAUUAUGUCUCGCAGGCCUUGAUGUUCUUGGGAUCCUGCCGACAGGCUUCCGAAAGGGCUUUAUUUAUCAAUUGUUUUGUUUGGCAAAGUUAUCCUCCUCUAACCCGAACGCGAAUGUGUGAGUGAUUUCGUCGCUGAACGGCAUCGUCGAAGAAGAAGUCAUUGAAUUGACUGAAGGAUUGAAAGGGAACGAUGCAGAAUGCAUGAUAGACUCGAUUUGCGCUGCUCUCUCGAGUCUGAUAAUUCAGCCUAAAUACGUGUUUACAUGACAACCAUUUCUGGAAAUUCUGUUUUUGAAUCUGAACAACAAGGGCCUGACAACGAAAUGGUUGGUGUCGAUGAAUUAUUUAUCACAUAGGUAGAAACACGAUAAAUGAGCUCAGAUUCAGAAUAUACGGUAUGCAUGUAUGGCGAUGUUCAUUUCGCCUUUCUUCUUUCAACAGCUGCCAACUAAACACGCACAAUGAUUGUAUUGAGCGGUUUUCUUUUGGCGUUUGUAUGCCUGGCAUCUUCCAGAAGCCAUCGUCAUCAAUUUCGGAAGCAAGUUUGCCAAGAAGGAAGCACCCAAUUUGACCAGUGUGGGCAAAGAUGCAAGUGUAUUGGUGGCCGUUUGGUGCAGUGCGUUCGAAUAAGGAAGGAAUUCACAACAUUGAGCCCUAUCGAGCGAACGCGUCACAUAAAAGCUAUAAUAAAAUAUACCACGGAUCCAAAAUCCAGGCCAGAAUACGAAGACUUCAUAAAUGAGCACUACACACUGUUCCGCACUCUAAUCCACCAGAAGCAACACUUUCUUCCCUGGCAUCGAUACUUUGUACUACGUUACGAAAACCUGAUACGGAAAGUCGAUUGCACGUUUACCGUGGCCUGGUGGGACUGGAGCCUAGACACACGAGAGCCAUUCAGCACGACCAAUCCGGAAGACGUUUGGCACGUUCUCGGUUAUGGAGGGAAUGGGGUGGGAAAGGACCACUGCGUACAGACAGGUCCUUUCAGACAGGCCGUAUGGAGCCGAGUGAGACCACCUUCUGCGGGACCUGGUCCACACUGCUUAGUAAGGGAUUUCUACGGGGAACCUCCUGAAGAGGUGGAUGUGGAGGAGGUCUUAAAAAACGACAGCUUCCAUGACUUCGAAGAAACACUUAGACUUGUACUCCAUAAUGGCGUGCAUUGUAACAUUAAUGGAACAAUGUGCACGUUAGAAUCUGCAUCGGCUCCAGAAUUUUUCCUUCAUCACGGUUUCGUCGACAAGAUCUGGGACGACUGGCAAAAGAAAAGCCACAAAAACAAGUACGCGUACUUCCCGAGCAUUAAGGAGAACAUGCCAGGUACGAAAUUAAAGCCUUCCAAACUGAUUGAUCUUUCCAAGCAACCUGGAGGCAUUCGAGUGGAGUAUGAACCAUUCCAAAGAGAAGAAAACUUGAUCGAUAAAAUUAAAGGUGAGAGUAUUGCUAAACUACGUAAGAUGAGGCGCAGAGCAUUCCAAGGCCUCACCAAAAUGGCUAUCGAAUUGUUUCAGUUAACGAAAGCUGAAGUAAAGAGAGUGAGGGAGAUCGAAAAGUGGCUUGACCCCCAUGUGAUUGAGCCGAAGGAUUAAGUACAUCUAAUCAUUGUUUACAGUUGCCAAGAACGAUCAAACCCCUUGAAAUUAUUAAACGUCCCAAACCCAUCCUAGUUCGUCUGCCGUUAUUUCAAUUCGGAAAAAAAUUUUCGUGAUGAUUCUGUGCUUCUACCGAGUUUUAGUAUGAAUCUGCUAGCGUUCUAUCACGAAUGCCGCUCUCUGAUUGGCUACGCCAACCACUAUCUAUUCUGUAAU